AUGGCCAGCCAUGUAAAGAAGAGGAGAACACCUUCUCCACCACUCACCAGAUUUACACCUGUCCACAUCAUUGCCCCUGAAAAGCCCUACAGACAGUGGCAAACCAGAGGCCGCAGCCCUCCUCAAGUUAAAACAUCGCUACCCAGUGCUAAUUUAAAGAAAGUGGUGACAAAUACGGAAAUCCCCCAUCAUGACCUUGUUAAUAAUAGCCAAGAAGACUGGUUUAGGAAGAGGAGGCCACAAGAGAUGGAAAGGGGACUGCAGCUGCAGGAGAGUGCAACAGAUCAGGAGCAGCAGGAUUGUGAGAUGUAUAGAGAGAGAAAGAGGGAGGAGCAAAUCCCAGAAAAGGGGGAAAAGGGGGAGGGGUGGCAUGGAGAUGGCAGUUACAGAGAGGAACAGGUUGAGCUGUCAUUCAAUGCCAAGAAUAGAAAAGGCCCUGUGUGUCGCAGCACUGCUCUCACAGGCAGAGAUACUCGUCCAGGUCUGCCAACAGUGCAUUCCUGCUCAGAGAGCCAGCUCACCAGACAGCCAAAGCAACAACAGACCGUGCACAGGCUUUCUUCUCAACCUGACACUAGGAGUGGAAGACUUGGAAGACGGCUUCAGCCCCCUGUAACUCAGCACAAGACUACUUCUUCUGGACGUGUUGCCACAAAUAAGCCUGGGAGGAGUUCGAGCUCCAGCAUGGGAAGUGAGCUCGAUGAGGCAGACCAUGAAGUUAAGUGGUUUACAGACGUGGCAUUCAGCAGCCUCUCAAGCCCUGAUGUAGACUAUCUGGACAUGUACAACUCAAGCCAUCGCUCUUCUACCAAUGUUUCUCAACCAUCUACCCAGGAAAGUCCAGCUGGGGUCAGUACACCUUGGUUGUCUUAUGCUGACUUUAGAGGCUCAGCCCAAAUGUUGGACAAUGAUGAAUUUGCGCUACAACAACCAUCUGCCUACUCCUCAGAUGGGCUGGAUCCUUCCAGGUGCUAUGAGUUGGGAAGCUUUGAGUGUGUUGAUGUGGCUGUGGAAAAAGAGGACUCUAGGAAGGUCAGAAGAGGAGUACCUAAAAGACAGAUUCAGCUAAAAAGGAGAGACACCACUGAAUCAAAAGAUGAAAGCAGUGAGACCAGCAGUCCUGGCAUCCCACUGAUGGAUAAUUUUUCUCAAGACACUCAUCAGAGAGAGACUUUAUUAAGACAGCACUCUACACCAGCAUCCUCACUGGAUCCAGAGCCUUAUGAAGAGAGUUCACCUCCUGACAAACACCAAAAUGUCACAAAAUCUAAACUUCAAAAAUCUUCUUCAUUUGAUGAGUCAUGUUCUAAGACUAAAAUUGCCACUUGUCUCAUUAAGAGUGUAUUGACUAAAAAGAUGCAGAGUGAUGAGCUAACUGGAGAAGAAGAGCCUUGUGAGUUGGAUGAAAGUGUCUCAACUACAAAAGCUGAGUCCUCAAAGUCUCCCAAACCUGACAUGCAUCUGUUGAGUUCGAGUCUUCAGUCAAACUCUAGCAUGUUAUCUGACACCUCUGGAGGGAGAAGUGACAUCAAUACUAAAGAUGAGGUUGGGAGACAGAAAAACUUAAAAGGAAAAUCAAGUCAUAGACCAAGUUCAACUAAUAGUAACAGAAGUGUAACAUUUUCAAUAGCUGACAGUGAAGAGGCUGAAGCUGAGACCAGAUCAGCAAUACUACAAUCAGAACUCAAAGAGACACCCUGUGAAGCAGUUUCUGAUAACAUUCACAUGUGGAAGGAAACAGAGCACGAUGACUCAACAAGUAGCACUGCUGGGAACUCAGGUCCUACCACUGAAACCUGUGCCUCGUCUACUGGACAUGCCACGAUGACAAAUAGAGAGCAGGAAUGUGAAAAUACACAGUCUCAUAGACAAGCGCAGCAGGGUGUCCAACCCUCAUACAAGCCAAAAAGCCCAAAUAACUUUUCCAUAUCAUCAUUGGAAAAGAAGAAAGCCUCCCUCAAUGUCUCCAUUACACCUGAAAAUGAAAACAAAUCUUUCAUUUCAGAUGAGAAAGUGGAAACCUGUGUUAAUGAUAAAAUAGAAGACGACCAAAUGGAUGACAAAGUGAAAGGGCCUAUACACAGAGUUCGAGAUGUGAGGCGACUUGUGAAAAAUACGUACAAUCUCUCUUUCAAAGCAACCAGUGCGACUGCUUCAGAUGACACAGAUUUUACCAAGGAACAAACCUCAAAGGAAAACAGUGGGGAGGUCACCCAACAGGAGAGUAUGGGGUCGCAAGAGGUGUGGCAGAAAGAAACAACAGAGUUAAAUGAGGAAACUAAAGAAAGUAAUAGCAUUAAAACAAAAGAUGAAACGAAUAUUCAGCACAAAGAACAGACACCUCAUUCACAACCAAUGCAAAUAGAAUACAAGGCUGUUUGCUGGAAAGAAGAUAAAAGUAAAACUCCAACAGACAUGAAGACGGUAACUGAUACACAGCCUAUUACUGAGACACCAUUACACAAUGUAAAUGAGACAAAAAAUGAAGAUGGUACAAGUUUUGAUGUUCAGAGUAAGGAUAAAGUAAGUACAGUUGUUGAAAAACAACACAUAUUGACACACCAGUAUGCAGACAGGCCAAUGCUGGGCGGUAUCCCCAAAAUGCCAAGUAAAGAAAGAGAAGUGUCAACUGCUAUUGUAUUAAUACGGGACAACAGCAGAACUAAGCGGGCUGCUUCUCCAACUCAUGAGGAGUUUCCAAGAACUGUCCCAGCUUCAUCACCUGGGCUUUCGAGUACUCCUGGUGGCAGUGGACACUCAGUUUCAAUGUUACUGAAAGAGAAAGGUUAUCAGGCUGAUAUUGGAGCAGUUGUGGGAGAGGGUCAAAAUGCAGGUGGCAGUAAAAGUGCCCCAUCUAAACAUGUGAACUGCUUAGAGAUUCCUCUUCAGACUUCAGGAGAGACUCACAGAGAAAGAACAUUCUCCUCUUCAUCUGCUACAUCUGGAUCUACAGCAAUGCCAAGCAACACUGAAACUAAAACAGUAGAAGCAGAGAGUACCUCUGCUAAACUGGAUUCAACUAAUAAAGUACACCAUUUGCCACCAAAAUCUGCUACAGAGCCACCACCUGCAAACAAACAAGGAGCACAAGGAGACUUUGAGACUUUAAAAAGAUCAGAUCCAACAUUUCCUCCAAGAUCUCCUGCAGUACGGAGAUUCAAACCUCAGCCGAUAGAAGUUAAGUCAAUGUCCAAAGAAACAAAUAAACAAGAUACAACUACAAGUAUCUCAGGAAAUAGUAGACAUCAAGCCAUCGAAGUUAAAUCAGUAGCUAAAAAUUCUCAAAAGCCAAUUGUUCCACCCAAACCAAGCUGCAAGUUUAAACCUCUAGAUUUAGGAGCAAUGCCAAAUGAGACACAGAGACUGCCCCCUGUAUCUUCAAAACCUCACACAGAAGAUAGAUCACAAACAAUUGUUGUGUCUUCACCAACAAUUUAUAGGAAGAUUCCCAAUGACUCCACUUCAAAUUAUACAAGAAAGGUCGCUGUGUCUUCAGUGUCAAGCCUUAAACCUCCACCAAACAAACCAACGGCUUCCUCUAAUGUCUCAGCCCAGCCCCCAUCAUCAGAGAAGGACACAGAGGCAGACAGACAGCAGCGACCAGGGCCUCACUCACAGAACUCCAGAUACAUACAAAGGCAUCCCACUUUACCUCCAGCUCCUGGAACAGUUAGUGGUCCUACCAUUUCCUCAUCUACACUUUCUGAUGCAACAGGACACCAACCCCAAGUACCUGCCCAGACAGGGGCCAUCCAGAACAGCCAAACAGCUGCUAUGGAUUCAAACAACCAACAGCCACAUCUUAGGAUGCCAUAUCCUCAUGAACCAGCAACAAUGGACACUUCAGAUAAUGUACAACCUGCUCCUAUUUCCACAGGCCCUGGAUAUAUCCGCCAGACUUAUCACAGAUCACUUUCAAAUGAAUGCUCCCAAAAAACAAACAACCUGCACUUUUAUGCCUCUGAUGACCCGCCAAGCUAUGAUGACAGAGAAAGCUUCAGUCCUCUCAGGUUGCCAGAUUUGCCUCCAAGAUCAAGCCGUUAUCAACCCUCAUCUCGCCAUCCUCCAUGCUCCUGCACAACUGGCUGCCCCUCACACCCAAGUCUGCCUCAUCCUCACAACAGCCCGCACAAUCUUACCCCACCUGCCCCAACACACUCUCCAGGACAUUACCCAGUCACCCAGCCUGCCCUCCGGCCUCACCACUGUAGAUCUGACCCUCAACCAGUGACAUACCAGCCCACCUCUCCCAAAGCUAGCCCCCUUGGUCCUGGCCCACCACAAGGACUAUACCCGCCUCUGCACCAGCCUCCUGCAUGUCCUCCUCACCCAUCACUUAUGCAUGCUUACUCUGCUGAGCGGCCCCUGCCACCAGCCCAACAUAUUGAUCCCCGUAGACCUCCAGUGCACCGCUCCCCUCAGCAGCCUGCAGCAGUGAUGGCAGGGGCUCCGUACCCAGAUCCUAGCCACAGCCACUCUCCAGGUCUCCCUCACAUGGACCCACACUAUCUGUGUGCACCUCAGACUCUAGGGCCUUCAUAUGGCUCAGAGUAUGGAGGUGACAGCUCCAGUUUAUACUCUGAGAGCAACUAUGGACAAACGCCUCGACGUGUGCUAAUGGAUCCAGAAACAGGGAAGUAUUUUUACAUCGAGGUCCCUGUUCAGCCCCUGAGGAAGAUGCUGUUUGACCCCGAGACGGGUCAGUAUGUGGAAGUACUCAUCCCUCAGCAGGCCAUGUCCCACUCAGGCUUGUACCCCCCCUCAGCACCUAAUUAUCCCCCUCUUCACAACACCAACAUGUAUGCGGCAGCUCCACAGUACAUGCCCUACACAGCCCCUCCAGCCCAGCCUCAGCCACCCCGUUACCCCGAGUCUUCUGCUGUAGCCCCCAUGCACCCACAUGGGCCUGGGGUGGGCUAUAGGAAUCCUCCUGGUCAGGGACCCAAAUCUGAGACCCAGGGCCAUCCACCAGUGGAUCCCAACUACCUGGAGGGCAUGUACUAUGUGCCCACAGGAAUGAAUGCAAGCCCCAAUCCCACCCCUCCCGACUACUAUCACAAACACCCUUCUAACCUUCCCCCUAGUGGGGGGAAACGCUCUUGAAAUAGAGGCCGCCCUUCUGGAGCCUCCAGAGUUUAAAAUACACAGGAUAUAGAGGGGGACUGUCUAAUGUUAGCUUGCUGUUAUUUGAGUUUUCUUAUUCCUAUUGAGGACACCAAUCUUUGGAUUUUCAUUUGGUACUGCUUUUUUGAUAUGCUGCUUGGAGAAAUCCUGUGUUGAUGGUUAAAAAUGUAACACGAUUUUCUAUGAAGCAUCCUCAAAUAAUACAAGACUUUUUCACAACUAUUAUAAUUUGUGGUAC